AUUUUUAUAAUCAUAAAUUUAUUUACUAUUUGUAGGUUAAUAACAAUUAUUAUAAUUAUAAUAAAUAUUAUUAUUUCAAAAAAAAAAUAUUCUGAUCGAGAAAAAUCAUCUCCAUUUGAAUGUGGAUUUGACCCUCUAUCAUCACCACGAACACCAUUUUCCUUACGAUUCUACUUAAUUAGAAUUAUUUUCUUAAUUUUCGAUAUUGAAAUUGUUAUCUUAUUCCCUAUUAUCCCAUCUAUGUGAUUUAGAAACCCAUUAAUUUGAAUUUUUACAUUCUUAAUAUUCAGAUUUUUAUUAAUUUGAGGAGUAUUUAUUGAAUGAAAUGAUGGAUCCUUAUUUUGAAUAAAAUAA